GCCUUCGAUUCGCCUUUUCUAUCCCGUUGGUUGCGUCGGAGCCGUCACUGAUCGGAAACCAUCUCCGAGAGUCCAGAGAUAUGUGGGCUUCAGAAUCCGCACUCUCGCGCUAUCAGUGAGCGAGGCCAGCUGAUGUAAUCUCCUCCGUGUCCGAGCGAUCAGAAGCUGUUGAUCCUAUCUUAGAGAGGCUCAAGUCACUGGAAAUCAUGUGUGCAAGUUGGCUAAACACUCACAGAUAUAAAAAAGAAUAAUAAUAAUCUCCUAGACUUUUUGAAGUUAACAUGUCUUUAUGUUUGUGCCAUAUGCGUGUUCAUGCUUCAUAGCUAAUCACGAUUUCAUUAUGUAGAAUCAAUUGUUAAUUUUCUAGUUUAGGUUUCUUUCUAGUUUUAUGACUCUCGUUGUAGCUUGGAUAUUGAGAUUAUUGAGACUAUUGCUUAAUUAGUUAUUGUUAUUGAAACAACCGAGCUUGGGAGACCGAGGAGACUGAGGCUUGAGUUGAUGAAGAAGGAAACUAUGCUCGGGAUAGUUAUAAGAUAAAUAUUAUAAAAAAAAAGGGCAAGGUCAACAUAGGGGCAAAAUGGUCCUACUCUUACUUGAGGGGUCUGGUUAGUUGGGUCAUAACAAGAAAGAGAAAGAAAGAAGAGAGGAGAAAGAAGAAGUUAAGGCUUUUGGAAGAGAAGAAGAGCAGAGAAGCCGCCUGCCUCAAAUCCGCCGUUGGAGAUCGAAUCCUAGGCAAGAAACUUCGAAUCAAGACUUCUCUCGGUGCUGGAGGAAGAGUUUGGGUGGUGGAUUCACCCAUUCCGGUAAGAAAAUCCAAGAAUGAACAAGGAGGAGAGAGAAUCGCUGCUGCACGUCACCCAACGAACGGAGGAGUAGGGUAGAGCCGGCAAGCGACACAUGGCAGCAUUCCGCUAGAGUAGCGCGUUCGGCCAGCCUGUUGACAUGCGUCAGAGCGCGCGGAUUCGGGUCGACCCGGAACACCAGCCAAACCGAUCUGACGACCAGCAGUCCAACCCGACGAUCUCGCCACUCAUUGUGCGCCAUGUGUCAACCCCACAAAAUACAAAGGGUAAGCCUCCAUCCGUUGGGGCUCGAAGCGCAUCACUGCCCGCGCGUGUGCCUUGCGCGUGGGGAAAACCUGCCGAUGCGUAGAACCCCAUAUUUUCACCACUUCGGCCUCCGUUUGUUUGUUUUUUGUCCUGAUUUCGAUACUGACCUUAUUGUUAUGUGAAUUAGGACCUAUCAAGGAAAUUUCAGAAUUUUUGGAACCUUCUUCAUCAAGAAAUUCGAGCUUGGAAAAACACGCGUCAACCAAGUAAGUAGCCAUUUGGAUUCCCAUGAGCAAUACUUAUAGGAACCGCUUGGAAUAAGCAUGCAUGUGUCAAAUUCAUAAACCUAGCUAGCCAAAUCUAGUAUAUUAGUAUAGAAACCAUGGAAAUGAAUUAACUAAGGAAAUCAAUGGAAUCUAGAUAUGAAUGACUAUGAAAUCUGUUUAGACUGAGAAUGUGAUAUUGUAUGUAUGCAUGAGGAGGAAGGAAAAUUGUGAAAUCUACGCUUAGGGUGAAAAUGGACGUUAUCUACCCGUUGAACAUGCUUGUUAAUAUUGCAUGGAUUAUUGCAUGUUAACUCCAGUGCAUGAUUGCUUGUAUUAUCUUUUUUGUUGAAUAGGAAGAAACUACGAGCUUAGAUUAGGGCGCUUGAGACUAAGCAGGCUAGGCAAAACUCUAGAAUGGGAUACCUCUAAAAUAUCAUGCAUUUAGGCUCGCGAAGCGAUUACCAGCGGACCCAGACCCCAAUAUUCCUGACCACGAUAGGUUUGUGAGACAUUGCGCGAGAAUCCUAGAGAUGAAUGAAUUCAAGUUUAAGCCACCAAGAUCUGCCCUAGAAAGACUUGUAGGACACCAUGGUAACUGUAGGUAGCCCACCAGAGUUGAGCAGUGUGAAUAGCCUCCACUUCCCUCUUUGUUCUGGUACCAUACCGUCGAGACAGAACUCCGAUACUGAGAUUGUUGAGCUAGCUAGGCAGAGCCGGACAGGGAAGUGUGACCUGUGCCCCGACCUAGUGGUGGUAGUUAAGGGGUUUUCUGAACAGGACCCUUGGGUCGUAGAAACCUGUCCCUGAGCGGGGGAGUGCGGAACUACGUAGGGUGACUUAGUAGCUAACUGGCACACAAGGGUUCGCAACCCCCAGUUUUAGUGGAAGUAUGGUCCCGCUGGAGGGUUGUCAGCUAACCUCCAUGGAUGAUUUUCAGAGAAAGUUACUUAUGCAGAUCCAAUCAUACUGCCCCUCAAUUUUACUUGUGAGGUCGCGUCUCACCUCAAGACACUGAUCAUCCACUACAUAAGAUGGGCAAGCCUCCUAAGCUAUAAAAGAGAGAGUUGCAGUUUAGUUCGUAGUCCCUAGAACCCCGAGACAAGGCCGUGGAUAUCUACUAAGAUAAGGAUGCGAGAAGAGCCUACAAGUAGCUGCUUAUUGAGUACUUUUAUACUCAUUCUUUUCUACUUUUUUUUUUUUCUUCAGGUGAGUGAUGCCAUGGUUCGAGGCAGGAACGCGUGCGGAAUCUUAAAGCCACAAAGGAGUGUCCCGGGGUGUCUAGGAGUCUGUACAUGUUCAUGUUUAGAUAUGUGAUACGUUUUUGUAAUUCAUACACUUACUUUUUCAUGAAACACAUGACAUUAACUCUUCGGCGUAAUUGUUAAAAUAUUUCUAUAAUUUCUUAUUGUCUAUCACAUUUUACACGUUUUGAUGGCAUAGUCUGUUAGUCCAGCCCUUAAUUUCGAGUCUCAAAUUUUGGGCUGUGACAGUUUAGUAUCAGAGCUCCAGUUUUAGGUCCUAUAGACAUUAGGGUAUAGAGUCUAGUAUCUCUAUGGCUUAAGCUUCCAACAUGCCCUGCCGUGACUUGAUAAUGGCGCUUAAGAGGAGAGGAGCCUAUCUCAGACUUGGUCCUAGGAGGGGCAGGAGAAGGGUCGAAGAGGACCCAACUAUUCCUAUCCCCGAGGUGGAGCAGCGCCCACCCCUGGAGGAAACCAGAGAGCUAACCUCAGAUGAGGAACAGGCGCCGCCACAGACACCCACACCGAGGAGAGGCCGAAGAAAGACCGAGCUUCGGGCUAUUCAAGAGACUGUUCCUCAGGACCCGGCGCCUAGAGGGACUCCACCAGCGCCAGCACUGAUUCCUGAGGAGGUGCCUGCCCAGCCGUCAACGACCUUUACACGGGAUGUGUUACAAGUAUUCAUGAGAACCUCUAUGGAAAAUCAGGCACAAUUGACUCAGUUAAUGCAGACACUAGUGGCCAAUCAGGCUGCAAUGCAGGGAACGAGAGAUAUGGGGAUGACGGUAGAGUCUUGUUAUUUUAGGGAUUUUCAGUGGUAUAACCCGACUUCUUUUAAUGGAGACAAGGUGGACCAUGCUGCAGCUGAGACCUGGUUGGAGGCUAUAGAGGCGAUCUUUCUAUACAUGAACUGUCCACCAGAAUAUCAAGUCCACUGUGGGACUUACAUGCUGAAGGGCGAAGCCCAUUUUUGGUGGAAAGGCGCCCGAAAAACUAUUACUCCAGUGGGAGGUUAUAUUUCUUGGAAUCAGUUCAAAGAAGCCUAUUUGUGUAAAUAUUACCCAACGGUUGCCCGACUCAAGUGUCAGACAACAUUCCUAAAAUUGAAAUAGGGGAACAAAUCUAUCGAGGAAUAUGAUCUCGAGUUUAAUAGGCUGACGAGGUUUUGCCCCGAGUAUGUCGGCAAUGACAAGAUGAAGACUGAUCGCUUCAUCGCCGGUCUCUGGAUAGAGAUUCAGGGUCUAGUAGUGGCACAGAUAUCCUCGGCUUCUUCUGGCUUGUGGUCACAAAAUUAUACCUUUUUCCAGCUGUUUUUGUUUGAUUGCAUGACUUCUAUAAUACAGAUAAACCAAAUUUCAGAACUUCUGCUGAAUCCUGUACUAAAGAUGGCACUAUUGCUAGUAAAUGUUUUUUCUUUUCACUUUAUGACUUCAUCUAGAGCUCCCUUAAACAAGUGGAAUUUGCUGCCCU